AUCAAUCAUAUAAAUACAAUAAGCUUAUGAAUUACAUAUUCAAACAUACUCCAAACACAAUUCACUUAACAAACAUCAAUUGUCUAAACUAUGUCUUAUAGUUUCAACAACAACCUUUUCAACACCAAUGAUAACAUUACCACUACCACCUUGGAUGUUGCUAAAUUUGUUGGAUUUGAUGAUGAAGUAAAUUACCCUUCUUAUUCUGAUUUUCCACCUGGUUUCAUCCCUGAGGACUUAUUCAAUUCACCUUCCUUUCUUUCUUCUCCUAAGAUUCCUUCAUCUUAUACAACCGAGCCUUCUUCUGACCAAAGCAUGAACCAACAACACAACAAGGAAUUAGAAGAGAUAAACAUCUCUGAGCUCUCUUUCCAAUCACAAAAACAGAACAUACAUGAUCUCUUUCAAUCUUCCACAAAUAUGUUUCAAGUGGAGGAGCAACUAAAGAAAGAGGACACAUUGAUAUUCAAUGAAACUACAAAGCAUAACAAUUUUUCAUUUGAGAGAACAACAAAACAUGAAACACAAACAAAUUCUUCAGCUCCUAGUUCUACUUUUUUCAACAACAAUAAUGCUUCUAUGUCUAUUAAAGAACAAAAAAAAUCAGAAGAAGAUGGAUACAAGUGGAGAAAAUAUGGAGAAAAACAAGUGAAAGGAAGUGAAAAUCCAAGAAGUUAUUAUAAGUGCACUAAUCCUAUUUGCUUGAUGAAGAAGAAAGUUGAAAGGUCUUUGGAUGGAUAUAUUACUGAAAUUGUUUAUAAGGGAAAUCAUAACCAUCCUAAGCCUAAUUUGUCUACAAAAAGAAGAACAAGUUCUCAAUCAAUGAUUUCUGAUUUUUCUUUGGGAGAGGAUGAGUUUGAGCAAACAUCACAAACUAGUUUUUCUGGAGGAGAUUAUGAUGAGUUUGGACCUGAGGCCAAAAGAUGGAAGGGAGAUAAUGAAAAUGAAUCUUAUUCCAUAGAUGGGUGUAGAACUGUGAAGGAACCUAGAGUUGUGGUUCAAACUACAAGUGAAAUUGAUAUACUUGAUGAUGGAUAUAGGUGGAGGAAAUAUGGACAAAAAGUAGUCAAAGGAAAUCCAAAUCCAAGGAGCUACUACAAAUGUGUAAUCCAAGGUUGUCCUGUGAGAAAACAUGUUGAGAGAGCAGCACAUGAUAUGAAAGCAGUAAUAACAACAUAUGAAGGCAAACAUAACCAUGAUGUACCUUUAGGUAGAGGAAAUUCAAGCUAUAACAUCAACAAAACUUCUCUUAAUGUAACACCUAUUAGGCCUUCAACAGUUACUAAUUAUUCUAGCUUAUCAAAUUUCACAAAUUCACUUCAUGAUGAAUCAAAGCUACCAAAUUAUGGAACUCAAGAAGAAAAUUUUCAGCUAGACAUGAUGAUGAUGAAUUCUAAAAGCUUUUUCGACAAAUCAAUCGGUUCAAAUACCAAUUAUGAACAAUACUCGGCUAAGGAUAACUCCUUCCUUCAGUCUUUUAUGUCGAAGAACUUUUAAUUUGGCAUUAGAACAUUACUCGUCAUUUAGAUUCUCUACAGUUGUUCAGUCAGUGCAGACAAUUCUGAACCAUUUGAUUUGAGUUGCAACUCAAUCCAGUGGUCGAGUUUUUGCCUACACUGAUUAGAUAAAUGCAGAGAAUCUAUGUUCAUCAUAUCAUUGAUAUGUUUUUGUAUAUAUUAUAGGAAUUUUAGUCUAAGAAGUUGUAGAACUAGUCAACUUACAUCUUUGACAAGAGUUAGGCCUAACUUCAAGUUUCACUUUAGGAAUAAGAGAUUUAGAAAAAAGUGUUGGCUGAUUAAUUUCAUCAUUAUUUUUGUUGUAUUUGUUUAGCAUGAAAUAAAAUAAUUCUUUUGCUAA